UAGAGGCGUCGGCUCACACUCCGUUUUGCCCUAUUAUGGUCACGAGCGUGACAGCGCGCGCUACCCAGCAUGCGCCGCGGUGUGAGGCUCCGCCACAGUCAAGAUGACCGACUUUGAGGAGCCGCUUUCAGACGAGGAGAAGGUCCGCAUCGCAUCUAACUUUGUGACCCAUGCUCCCCCUGGAGAAUUCAAUGAAGUCUUCAAUGAUGUCCGGCUUCUCCUCAACAAUGACAACCUCCUUCGGGAGGGGGCAGCACAUGCCUUUGCUCAGUACAACAUGGAUCAGUUCGCUCCUGUCAAAUUGGACGGUAGUGAGGAAGCGGUUCUGAUCACUGAGCAUGGAGAUCUGGGAAAUGGGCGGUUCUUUGAUCCUCGGAAACGGCAGUCGUUCCGUUUCGAUCACCUGCGAAAGGAAGCCAGCGAUCCUCAGCACUAUGAGGGAGAAACCACACUUCGGUCAUGGAGAGACGCUUGUGAUGAAGCACUCAGUGCUUAUGUGAAAGAGCAUUAUCCCACUGGAGUCUGCACGGUGUAUGGGAAAACUGUUGAUGGUCAACAAACAAUCAUUGCUUGUAUUGAGGGUCACCAAUUUCAGCCCAAAAACUUUUGGAACGGCCGGUGCAGGUCAGAGUGGAAGUUCACUAUCAGUCAGUCAUCAGCUCAGGUGGUGGGAGUAUUGAAGAUCCAGGUGCAUUAUUAUGAGGAUGGUAAUGUCCAGCUGGUGAGCCAUAAGGAGGUGGAGGAGUCCAUCGUAGUUGAUAAUGAAAUCCAGACUGCCAAGGAAUUUGUAAAAAUAAUUGAAAAUGCUGAAAACGAUUACCAGACGGCAAUCAGCGAGAACUACCAGACGAUGUCAGAUACCACCUUCAAAGCUCUUCGCAGACAGCUACCCGUCACUCGUACCAAGAUCGAUUGGAACAAGAUCCUUAGCUACAAGAUCGGCAAAGAAAUGCAAAACGCUUAGAACCAACCCAACCAGGUUCUUGCUUCUAGUUCACACGCGGAGCCGGCUUUCAGAACAUCACACGCCGUUCCCUUGGUCGAAGAAGUCUCCCACAAAUGAAAAAAGAAGAACUGUUCAAAAGAGGAUGUAAUUCCAUUCACCUUUCUGUCAUUAAUGGACUUUAUUGGGUCUCAGCUGUAGGAAGACCUUGGAGGGAGUAUUGGAUCUAAAUUAUGGGCAAAUUAUGCUUUUCUCUUAUUAACCCAUUCAUCAGUCAUUCAAAUAGGGUUUGUAUUGCUUUGAAUUUUUUUUGUGAACUGUGACAGCUGCAAUGCUUGUGCAAAUGGUUUUGUGUGUUGUUUUAAAACCGUUUCUAAUGCCUCACUGUAUCUCCAAACCCGAGUCAGAUAACCUCACCUUUCUCAACCUCGUCUGCCUUCUGUAACAGGGGAAAGACAUGAGGUUGAUGGUAAGAAAAAGGGAGCAGGUUGUGUCUGGGUUUGGAAUGAUCUUUUGUCUUAAGUGCUCUCUCCAUAUCUUUGACUAACAGUGACUCACAGUCUACCAAACUAAAAUGGUUAAACCAAAAAGACAGAAUAAAUAAAUACAUGGAUAACCCUCUUUGGUGGCACAAAUUUACAAAUUACAUCUCAAGUAUCAUAUUUGCACACAAAUUGUGUUUCUGCAUAUAUUUGGGAAGAUCAUAGCCUGUUACGGGUACUUUGUGAUGCAUUUUGGGUAUCCAUAAUCUGUUGUCUGAAUGCUGAAUUUGAGUUUGUUUGUCCCUCCUCUCACCCGGCAGCUUGAGGAGGUAGUCAGUGUUGCUGUUUGCAUGUUUCUGCCACACUGCUUUCACAUCGACCUUUAGUCUUGUUUGUCUCAUCAAAAUUCCCUCUGUAAAAUACACCCUUGAAUCCAUCAUGUAAUACUGGCAUAUUCUGUCUGUUGUAACUUGCCUUUAUUUUUUCAGAUUUUAAAACAUGCGAAGUAAACAUCUUAUUACAGUAAAUGAAUAACUGGCGCCAAAAUGA